AUGUCCAAGGCGCCCAAGACCAAGAAGGCCGCGCUGCACUACCAGCCGUACCAAGCGCUUGGCCAGAACAGUGAGGAAGUAGAGCCGCCUCUGGAUCUCCAUGUGGCAGACGUGCCGCUGCCUCUGGACCCCGUGCUCUCCGGUCUGUCGUCGAACAUGAGCCGCAACUUGUGGGACGACUGGAACGAAGACGACGUCCACUUGGGCACAAGACUUGACAUGUACGCGGACGAUAUGGUGAGUUCAAUGGACACGACAGGCGCUUCGAAUUCCAUCCGGCACGUACCGAGUAGUCAUAACGGUAACGGUGACUUUGAGCAGCAGUUUCAGCAGAACGCAGGGACCAGCUCCAUGCACGCAGGGCACGUCCACGCACUGCAUGGAUCAAUGUCUCGUUCGUCAGCGGAUCCGCAGAACGUGCGGGCCAACAUGCAGCGGUCACUUAGUGACGACAUUGUCAAUAUGCUGGACGACGUCAGUGAGACGACGUUCUGCAAGCAGUUGGAAGCCGAGCCGCGUGGCGAUAACGGGGUCAUGCAGAACAUGAUGUUUGACAUCGCAGCCGCGGGACAGAAUACGUUGGGGUUCCAGCAACAGCAACAACAGCAACAACAGCAACAACAUCAGCAACAGCAAAUGCUUAUGCGAAUGCACCACGAGCAGCAAUACCAGCAACAGCACUUGGGGCAACAGCAUUUCCAGCAGUUUAGUGCUCAGAAUACCUCGAGCUGGAUGAACAACUUUGGAGGAAAAGACCAGACCCAUGCGACCUCAAGCACACCAGUUUCUGGUACCACUAGCAACCCGUCCGGUUUGCAGUAUCUGUCGCACUCAACGAGCUCGGCAGCUAUGAACGAGGGAGCUGCUAUGCCGAAUGCCGGUUACCCAACAUCUCAAACUCCCGUAACACCAGGCACCUCUUUGCCUAUAUUGCCUAGAGCAACUUUUACAUCCCAACAUGCCUCGAGCGUUGCCAGCCCAACUGGGAAAGCCCAAGCAGCGAGUACGCAAAGUAGCACUUCGUCUGCUAGCAAUGCUGCUAGCGAAGAUGCUAGCGCUUCUCAGAAGACCGCAAAUGGGGAUACGGUCCCGAGCAACCACACCGCUGCAAGUGCGGCAAGCGUUUCGCCACAACAGGCGAACGGAUUCGGUGCGCAAGGAGUAAUGAUGAAUCCGUUUAUGAUGUACUCGAUGAUGGGUAUGCAAGGAAUGAACAUGAUGGGAAUGCCUAUGCAGUUGUCGGCGGGAAUGAACAUGAAUGGGAUGAAUAACAUGAAUGGAAUGAAUGGAAUGACACCAGCAAUGCAAAUGCAGUUGCAGCUGCAGAUGCAAAUGCAGAUAGCUCAGAUGGCGCAGGUGAAUGGACUAGGCCUGAUGCAGAUGCCCAUGGGGCUACCAGGCAUGCCGAUGGGUGUUCACAUGCAGAUGCCCCUGAAUACGAACAUGCAGCAACAGGUAGAUUCGCACAGCGGACCAUCUCAUGAUGUUGAUAUGACUCCUGUGGAGGCGCCUGUCGCUGGAGAUCCUGCGCUGAGGCCCGUCAGGACCGUUCAACCAAAGGGCGCGCGUGGCGGGCCGGGCUUUGUGAAUAUUGCUAGAAAGCCCGAAGAAUCGGAAGUGAGCAGCAUUCUGAAAUCUCUCAUGGACGAAGAGGCCAAGAAGAAGGGCAAAAAGCUUGAGCGCAACCGCGACUCUGCACGAGAAAGUCGUAGAAAGCAGCAAACAUAUGUGGAAACACUGGAAAAUGGCAUCAAGUGUUUACAGAUCAACCGCAAUAUCGUUCGCUCCUACCAAUGGGGCGUCAGUGGUCCAGCGUUCUGUACCACGCCUCGUCCGACCUCAUCUCACCUGUCUGAUUGGACGAAGCAUGUAGGGGUAGUCACUGGGCGCACUGAAGCUUUCUCGCGAAUCCAGAAUCCUUCCAACUUUCAGUCCCUUAUGCAACUCAACCGACAGCGACGGACACUAUCGAUGCAACGUGACGAGCGCGAACGUGGGGUAUGGAAGUGCUUUCGGCUCGUUGGACGCCAACUUGCGACGAUACGGACAAGUGUGUUACAGGUGCAGAUGCUGUGCACAUUUGGAGGACACCCUUUGGCAACGGAGCUGGACGCAUUGCUGAAUUUGUCAGCUGACCAAAAACUGCAGCUCCGGUGCCACGCACAGCGAAUGCUCAAUGAGGAGGUCGUCGAGCUGACGAAAUUGUUUAAAAUCUUCUUUGCUCUACGCAACGAAGCGCUUCGGCUGAACAUACUAUCCCCUUCGCUGGAGCGCUACUUUCGCGAGACUUGCUCGUUCGACCAGCUGCAGAAGCUGCUACAGUGGACAGAGAAUCAUCGCGCUGUAAUUGAAUCCGAUCUUUCAAUAGAUGCAGUUUGA